UUUCUUUCCUUCUCUUUUCUUUUCUUUUCUUUUUUUUUUUAAUAACAACAACUUUAUAAACUGUAAGUUCAUGUUUCCUUUCUAUCAAAAAAAAAAGGGUCUUCAAUUCAAAUAAAAUUGAAUAAACGUAUCGACUCACUUUUUCUUGCAUGGUUUUUCUUUAUGGCAUCCUUUGGAUGAUAUAUUAGUAUUGCAACAAUGUCUCCUCGUAACUUUUUCAUUGGUGGUAACUGGAAGAUGAACGGCUCCGUGGCCCAAGUGAAGUCUCUUGUCGAAGGUCUUAACAAGAUCAAUGUACCUGCUCAAACUGAGGUUGUGGUUGCACCUCCUGCUCUUUAUAUUGAUCGUGUUCGUGCCAAUUUGAAGAAAGAAAUUGGUGUUGCUGCUCAAAAUUCUUAUGUCAAGGCUUCCGGUGCCUAUACUGGUGAAAUUAGUCCUGAACAAUUGAAGGAUCUUGGUAUCGAUUGGGUCAUUCUCGGUCACUCUGAACGUCGUGAAUACUUUGGUGAAUCUGAUGAAUUCGUUGGUGAAAAGACUGCUCAUGCUUUGAAGGCUGGUGUCAGCGUAAUUGCUUGUAUUGGUGAAAAAUUGGAAGAACGUGAAGCCAAUGUUACUGCUGAUGUUGUGACUCGUCAAUUGAAGGGUGUUGCUGAUAAGAUUAAUGACUGGACUAAUGUUGUUGUUGCUUAUGAACCUGUCUGGGCUAUCGGUACUGGUAAGGUUGCUACUCCUGAACAAGCCGAAGAAGUCCAUGUUACUUUACGUAACUGGUUGUCUACUAAUGUUAGCAAGGAAGUGGCCGAUUCUGUUCGUAUCAUUUAUGGUGGUUCUGUCAAUGCCAAGAAUGCUGCUGAAUUAGCCACGAAACCUAACAUUGAUGGAUUCUUGGUUGGUGGUGCCAGUUUGAAACCUGAUGAUUUCAACACUAUUGUUCAAGCUCGUCUCUAAAUCAGGAGGAAAUAGUUAUUAUUAGGAUUUUUAUUGUAGUUUAGCUAGGUUUUUAUUAUUGCGUAUCUGUUUUUAUUAUUGCUUUUUUUUUUUUAAUAAUGAAAUAAAACGAAUAUAUUCUUUUUUUAUAUA